UAAUGUAGCAAUUCAUAUGAGAGUACAUGCAACGGAGAAGCCAUACAAAUGUGAGAUUUGUAACAAGAACUUUUCGCACAGGGCUUAUCUAGCGCGUCAUAGGAGAUUACACACAGAGGAGAAGCCAUACAGCUGUGAGAUUUGUAACAAAGGUUUUUCACAGAAAUAUCGUCUAGAAAGUCACAUGAGAGUACAUACAAAAGAGAAGCCAUACAGCUGUGAGAUUUGCAACAAGACCUUCUCAUAUAAAGAUAGUUUAGAGAUUCAUAUGAGAAGACAUAGAAAGGAGGAGACAUACAGCUGUGAAAUUUGCAACAUACCUUCUCACGAAAAAAAUAUCUAGUGAGGCACAUGAGAACACAUACAAGGAGAAGCCAUAUAGCUGCAAGAUUUGCAUAAGGCCUUUUCUGAGAGAAGUAAUCUUGUAAAUCACACUGUGGUACAUACAAAAGAGAAGCGAUAUAGCUGCGAGAUUUGCAACAAUGCAUUCUCAUGGAAAGUUAGUCUGGUAAGGCACAUGAGAACACACACUAAGGAGAAGCCAUACAAUUGUGAAAUUUGUAACAAACACUUCUCAGGGAAAUCUAAUGUAGCAAUUCAUAUGAGAGUACAU